AUGUUCUUACCACCGAAUGUCACUGCGUUAGUUCAGCCGAUGGAUCAAAAUGGUAUAAGAAUUACGAAGCUGCAUUAUAAGUCAAACUUGCUGUCGUUGGUCAUUGCCAACAAAAAUGAAGAUAUAAUUUCUGCCCUAAAGAACUUCAAUUUGCGCCAAGCCAUUACAUUGAUGUCAAAAUCGUGGGAUCAAGUAACUUCUCAAAUUCUUGAAAAAUGCUGCAACCCCAUUUUUAAUGAUGUCGAUAACAGUUUCUUUAACGACGAAGAUGAUGUCCCAUUAUCUACUCUCAGAGAACGCUGGAGGGAAAACUUGAUUGCAGAUGGGGAAGAAGCACCCUUGAUACAUUUGCUCGAACAAAUAGACAAUAAUCAGCAUUACACCGAAGAAGAAGUAAACGAAUGGUUACGCGAUGAAGAUGUUCCUGAUGGUGUUGAAGAUGAAGACAUCGAUUCGGAAAAUGAAUCUGACCCGGGUGAUGUUAUAAUGGUGCAAAACAUUGUAACUGACACCGAAGCCAUCGAAUCAAUCGAUAAAUUGAUCGAUUGGGCCAGUCAAAAUAACAGAACAUCAUCUGAAUUUACAGUACUCCAAAACCUCAGAGAAAGUGCGCUAAAAAAUGUUUUGCAGAAAACUAAGCAAUGUGAAAUAACAAUUUUUUUUCCAAAGUUGGUUUAA